CUCCAGUCAGAGUCAGAAACAGUAGCACUGUCUGUCUGACUGACUGCUCCUGCCGCCGCUGAAUGGAUCACCUUUCCCCGGUGCUUUUGCGCGUCACCCUCCUCCUCUCACCGGCUCCGUGCCGCCUCACAUCCUGCGGUUCACAUGAGCAUCUCUCUGACGCCGCGGCCGCUGAGCGCUGAUCACGCCAAGUGCGCUGAUUUGAGAGCAGCUCUGACUUCAGUCACAUCGGCGCUGCUGGUGGGAGGACGCGCGGCUGCUGCUGCUCCUCAUCAUCAUCAUCACCACCACCACCAUCAUCACCAACACCACCACCACCAUCAUCUGAGGAGGUUUUCUGCAACAAUUUGUUGCGAAGGGCGAAGUCAUGGUGCCGGUACCGCCUCGGCUCUCCAUGGCACCGUGAGAACUUUCCUUCUCUUGGCUUCUCUUUCCCACCUUGACUCUUUUUUGUAGAUGUUUGUCAGUGGGAUUGUGCUCCUCUGGGAAAUUUCAUCGUUUCCGUUUUCAAUUAUGUUCACUUUUGCUGCCUUCUGCUACAUGCUGUCUCUGGUCCUCUGUGUGUCCCUGAUCUUCUUCGCAAUAUGGCACAUAACGGCUUUUGAUGAGCUCCAGGCUGACUUCAAGGUGCCGAUUGAUCAGGGGAAUCCACUCCACGCGAGGGAGAGACUGCGGAACAUUGAGAGGAUCUGCAACCUGCUGAGGAAGUUGGUGCUACCAGAGUAUUCCAUCCAUGUGCUCUUCUGCAUCAUGUUCCUCUGUGCUCAGGAGUGGCUGACUGUGGGUCUCAACAUCCCACUCCUCUUCUACAACACAUGGAGGUACUUUCAUUCCCCAACGGACACCAAGGAGCUGCUUUACGACCCGGCGUCUGUGAUGAACGGCGACACGCUCAAGUUCUGCCUGAAGGAGGCCUGGUGCAAGCUGUCCUUCUUCGUCCUCUCCUUCUUCUACUAUCUCUACUGUAUGAUCUACUCCUUGGUUACCUCAUAACAACUGAUUUUAUACAGCAGUGACAUAGCAAAGCCUCUGGAUACACAGACUGCCCCUUUGUGUCAUGCCAGAAUUAAAUAUGACAGGAAAUUUAAAUGUAAAGAAGAUAAGAGAGACACGGAGCACUGAACACAAUGUAUCGUGGCUGAAGCUUAUUCUCUGCUUCCUUCUCUCCCUCUCCCCCCCCAAAGAAGAAAGGACAUGUUUUAUGCUCUUCUGUAUAUAAAAACUGAAGGCUAAAUCUGCUGUUUACAGUUUGAUUGGUCAAGACCCAAGUUAAUCACUGCCUGGCCAAUGUUUGUAUCUCACACACACACACACACACACACACAUCCUCUGGAACGGUACCAUACUAACUGAGCAGCACCAGUGCCGGUAGCCCAGAGGAGAAAGAGCACAGUAGCGUUUGCACAGUUUGUCUCAGGCACAGCACAUGGUGAAGCACUGUCCAGCCCCGGCACCACUCGCCGACCCUCAGUCAUUCCUCGCUGACGCGUCUCGCCAACCGUAGCUUCCUCGGGCGAGUCAGAAAUCGAGGGGUGGAUGGGAGAGUGGACGGACGGGAAAGGGAGAGAAGCUCUGGAGGAAGCGUCAGAGCUACAGAGUUCUCUCUGAACUCAGCCCCCACCCCCCACCCCCACCCCCACAGACGACACCGAACAGUCCACGGCCUGUGAAUUUUUCUUUCUGACGUUAUGUGAAUGGCUUUUGUGACGUGUGCAUUCUUUUGGUGUGUUCUUUAAGAAAAAGGUGUUUCUAAUUGAUCUACAGCAAAGGUGUUCUAUACAGCAGAAGCCUUCUUUGUGUUGUCCUCAUGUUUGGUCUAUUGUGGGAAAACUUUUCUAAAACUCCAACUGACAAAAGGAAAAAACAAAAAAAACAACUAAACCCUGGCAAAGCUUUUAUAGUAAGACGAGUACAUAUUCUUUGCACAAAUGACGUCUAUGAUCUUGCACAAUAUUCGCAAUAUUUGGCUAUAUAUUACAAAUGAUUUAUGAUAGUCUAGCCACACAGGUGAAGGUCUUCCAACAUGUAAAGAACUACCCUGCCCAGUUUGAAGAUGGGGGGGAGGGGUGUGAACCUUUUCUAGCUCUAUUUACACCAUGGACCAAAAUGUUGUCUUUUCGGUAUUUGAAUUAUUAUUUAUUUCUAUAUCUAUUUGUGAGAUACUGAUGGCUUGCCUCCAUGCUUAAAGAAACCAUGAACAUGAAGGGAACCAUGUCUUUGUCCUUCUUGAUUUGCAUUGAAACAAAAAGUAGCCUCAGAUUCUAGGAAUACACAGCACAUCAAGGUGUUAAUAUUAUUUCCCAGACAUGGAGUUCACGUCCAUAUGCAGGUUCAAGUUCCGUUACAUAAUCCGUGACAGUAGCAAUGAAUUCAGUGUCGCGCUCGCAGACGCUUUAGCAGCAGUGGUUUGAAGCUCCGCCCUCCACAUGUAGCACCGUCUGUGAACCAACAAAGCCACUCCUCUCGAUCUUCACCAUCGUCCCUCACUUUGUACGCGGAGACUCAAGGAGCAGACAGCAACGCCCACUUCUUGUUGUUUUCUCUCCUCGCAUCAAGUCAUUUUCUAUCCUUACUGUGUAUGUGACCAACCAAGUUAAAUUUAGAUAUUGUUUAUGAAAUAAAAAGUAUUUUAAAAAUCAAA